ACGCAGGUAGCAGGUACAGCUUCCAUCAACGAAAGGAACGAAACAAACACAUCGCAGAAAACCUUCAAGUUCUGCUUCCUUCAAUUUUUGAACAAGUUUCUCGGUUCUCGACUUUUUCUACCUUACUCAUCGAAAAGACCCUUGCGUCUUCCCACCAAUCUUAAAUAUAACAAAGAUGGAUCCGAACGCGGUGAAGUCCACUCUGUCCAAUUUGGCUUUUGGAAACGUAAUGGCAGCAGCUGCCCGUGAUUAUCAGAAGGAAUUGCUUGCUCAACAGAAGGCCGGGGCAUCAAGUUCAGUAAAUGAGGAGGUUGACCUUGAUGAGUUGAUGGAUGAUCCUGAGUUGGAAAAGUUGCAUGCAGAAAGGAUUGCAGCUCUUAAGAAAGAAGUAGAGAAGCGAGAGGAAUGGAAGAAGAAAGGUCAUGGAGAAUACAGGGAAGUAACAGAGGGUGAUUUCUUAGGCGAAGUCACUGGAAGUGAAAAGGUGAUUUGUCACUUCUACCAUAAGGAGUUCUAUAGAUGCAAGAUAAUUGAUAAGCAUUUAAAGUCCCUUGCGCCAAAGCAUAUUGAUACAAAAUUCAUCAAGCUUGAUGCAGAGAAUGCGCCUUUCUUUGUUACAAAACUGGCUGUCAAGACUUUGCCUUGUGUCAUACUGUUCAGACAAGGAGUUGCAGUAGAUAGAUUGGUAGGAUUUCAAGAUCUGGGAGGGAAAGAUGAUUUUACUACAAGAACACUGGAGGCUCUGCUGAUAAAGAAAGGUAUAAUUGCCGAGAAAAAAGAUGAGGAUGAUGAAGAUGAUGAAUAUCUUGACAGUACACGCAGAGUAGUUAAAUCCUCCACAAUUACUGGUUCUGAUUCUGAAUAAAGUUAAUCAGCCAGUGGCUUCAUAAACGAAGAAUCUGCAGUUUAUCCUCUACAUAUCUUUUGGAUUUCAGUCUUGUAUCCUUGUUACACUUUUGGUCUUUUGCCUUUGGGAAGUGGUUUGCAUCCAUAGAAAUCACGAGGAAGCUGUACCUUGCGACCUCUAUUGUAUGAACUUGCCCCUCUAGGAAUCGCAUAACGUGUCUCCCAUCCAAGGGUGUCAAAAAGUUGAACAUCAUUUGUAACAGAAGAAAUUGGUAUAGAUUUUCUAAAAUGGAUUUAAUUGUUCA